AUGGCAUCUAAGGAAAAUCUCUACAAGAAGAAAUGUGCUCACUCUUCGUUUUGUUCGAUCUGUGAAAAGGAAGUCGAAUCCAUUGAGCAUAUUCUGUUUAGAUGUCCAUGGACUAAAGCUGUCUGGUUUGGGUGUGGCCUAACUUACUGGAUUAAUGAGCAAUCGACAGUAACGGUGGAUAAAUGGGUGGAAGAUAUUCUAUGUGGUAGCAUGGCUAAGGAAGCCAGAACUGAGGUGGUAGGUCUGGUGUUUCAAGUUUGCUGGUCCAUAUGGAAGGCGCGUAAUGACUGUGUUUUCAAUGGUAACCUUCCGAAUCUUGAUAGAACAACUGCCAUGGCAAAUCUUGCAAAUACAUAUUACCUCCAGGCCACGUACAAGGUUAGCGAAGGUAGGGGGGUUCUCAAUAAUCCUAGAAGAAUGGAAAGCAAAGCUGCCUUUGGUUUUUUAGCCAGAGAUAGUAGUGGACAAGCUCUUUUUUGGAGAUCUGGACAAAUCAUUGCCUCCUCGACCCUCUUUACAGAAGCUUGGGCCCUUCGUAUAGCGUGUGGGGUUGCUACUGAUAUGGGCAUUAUGGAUGCAAUUUUUGAAUCUGAUUGCAAGGAGCUGAUCUACUGUUUUUUGAAGGAAGGCCACCACUGCCAUUGGGAAAUUUCCUCUCUGGUUGCUGAUGUCAAAUGUUGGGCUAAAGGGAGAAACUGGAAGUUCUCAUGGGUCUACAGGGAACAAAAUCGUGUAGCUCACAGGCUUGCUUCUUCAAGUUUUGAUAGGAAUUCUGGUAUUUAUCCAGGUUGUAUCCCGCAUGGGAUUGAGGAUCUCAUUGCUAGAGAAAAACCCCCUUAG